AUGACCGAAACGAGAAAGAAAUCACCUGAGGUAGCCAGCAACACGGUAACUGUUUUACUAGCCAAACAAGCAGAACAUCUUGUGGAUGGCCAUCGUAUCAAGGUCGUCGUCGUGGGCAGUGCGCCUAAGGGUGUUGCGGUCGCUAUAGCGAUUCUAUUCAAACAAAAGACGUUAUGGAAGAAACAGGAAGAAGCGUUUCAAGAAGAAGAGCAAGAAGUGAAAGAUAUGACCGAGUCGUGCUGCUGCACUUUACAUUGCAGCAUGGCAGAUUGCAUCAACGAGAUCAUCGCAAAGUACGAAAAUAUGACGCUACAGCUUGCCGUCUACCUUGUGAAUCUACCCAAAUUCUUCACAACUCGCCUUGCCUCUGAGCUCGUCCUCAUAGAUAUGAACGAGGAUCUUGCCAAGGCGGAAGCAGAAGACAUCAGCCAUGCGGCAGCAUACCUCGGCAAUCCCAGAAUUGUCGGUACCAAAGGUGAAGCCAAUGGGAGGAGGCUGCAGAAAAAUAGCGAGACCGUCAUUACACUGUCCGCGAGUAACGAGCAAUUAUUUCAAAACGACCACGCUUUAACGUUCGAUAACUAA